AUGGUACCAAAACUUGAUAAGAUAAGUUCAGAUAUAUCUCAACUACGAAAUGAAGUUGCUAUAUUAACACAAAAAAACAUUAUGAAUUUGAGAGAAGAUAAAGCAUUAAUAUUAUCAAGUAAUAUACCGGAUGAAAGCAUAAAAAAUUUGAUACAAAAAGAAGCAUUAUUCAAGGAAAUAGAAGAAAUAUUUUCAAAAUCAAAUAAAUAUGUUAUCAUUAGCGGUUAUGCUGGUUCAGGUAAGACAACACUUGCGUCAAACUAUGGCCUUAAAGAAAGAAAUGAAAAUAAUAAAAUAGUUCGGUGGUUUUCUAAUGCUAAAUCAAGCGCUUUAGUUUGGGAGGAUUACAAAAAUAUGGCAACAAACGAGCUUAGCAUAGGAAAUGAUAUAAAUAAAAGACAAACUAUUAAUUUGGUUAAUCUUACACUGACAGUAUCAAAAAGAAAAAUUCUAUUUAUAUUUGAUAAUGUAAAAAAUGCUGAUGAUAUUAAAGAAUUGAUAAUAAAUUUACCAAACAAUGUUCAAACAAUCAUAACAACAAAAAAUACUACUUUAAAACAUAACUUCGAGUUUGGCAACGAAUCAAAUUUAGAAAUGAAACCAUUUAAUAAAACUGAAUGUAUUGAGUAUAUAAUAAAGUGGAAUAAAAAGAGAAGAUUUAAUCAAUUUGAAGCAGAAAAGAUAAUUGAUUUGAUAAAAAGAAAUAAAAAAGAAAUUUCUAUAUUUUUAUUAGCAAAAGUAAUGGAAUUACUACAAACAAAAAGUUGGACGAUCGAACGUUUUGAAAAAAAGAUGGAAUAUGAAAUGACUGAGGCUAAAGCAGCAGAAUAUAUUCUUAACCCUUUCAGGACCGGGUUAAUUUUUAUAUAA